AUGGUGAAUCCAGGCCUGACACUGGUCUGCUGUGAUGUCAUCGCGUGCUUCACCCAUGGCCUGGAGAAGGGUUACUGGUUCAUGAAGGCACCUCUCGUUCCGGUCAAACUGUUAAGGGCUCACAGCGAUGACGUCAACGGGGCUCGACUCUGCUUCAACGACAGAUUCCUCCUGAGCUGCUCCUCCGACCGCCGCGCCAUCCUCUGGGACGUGGAGAGCUGCAGACCUCUGAAGGUGUUUGAUGAACUUCACAGUAAAACCAUCACGGAGUGCUCUCAGAUCCCAAACACCAACAGACCUCGAGACAGGACAGACUCUGAUCCUCAGAACUGUGUCUCCAUCAGCGAGGCCUCCAGUGGACAGACGCUGCACCUUCUCACCGAUCAUCACCGCUCCACCAUCACGCGGUGUCGGUUCGACCCACGGAGUCAGCGAGUCGUCACCGUGGCGGCAGACAGAGGCAUCAAACUGUGGGACCUGCUGGCUCAGAAAACCACCGUCUCCAUCAACAGUAACCACAGCAACGUGGUCUCCAACUGCUGCUUCACCAGCAGCGGGUACUUCCUAUGCACUGCAUCUUGGGAUAAAAGCCUGAAACUGUGGGACCUGCAGGCAGGUGGGUUUCGAUCUCAUGGAGGAACGACGCUCCAGAGAGGCCAUGAAGGCAUCGUGAGCUCAUGCUGCUUCUCUGCCGAUGCAACCCUGUUGGUGUCGGGCUCUUACGAUAGAACAGUUGCACUCUGGGAUACGUGCUCCAGCAGCAGGACUCUGGUCCUGAAGGGCCACUCUGAUUGGGUGACAGAUGUGUCAAUCACUGCUGACAGGAAGCUGGUCGCCUCUGCUUCCAAGGACAGGUCAGUGAGGUUGUGGAACAUAGACAACAUGGAGGAAAUCCCAGAAGUAAUGAAAAGCAGGAGGACUGAUGGACUCCAGGUUCUCCAGACAUGUGAGGAGUGUACAAAGUCGUUCCCAGCUUCCAGACUUCAGACCUCAGAGACGCCGACUCGUUGCGUCUUCUGCAGACUCUCAUCUUCCUCCACCUACCGACCACAGCCUCCACCUCCCAUGUGACU